GAAUAACAAUACUUAACGCAUAAUUUCACCUAUGAUACACUUACGACAUCUGACAAUGGCUGGGAUAAUUAGAAAAGGGGUAAAAAUACAGAGACCACGAAAGACGAAGGAUCGACCGAUAAGCGUUGUGUGCAGAGGCGCCCUCGAUACGAGAGAAAGAGAAAACGAAAGGGGGAAAAAAAUCGACCGAUGGAAUUCCGCUCGAUGAGGGUGCACAGGGUAGUUCUGAUUCGGUACGGCACUGCGGCAUGCGCAAUGUACGUAGACUCGGAAGGGUGGUGGUUCGAGAGGUUGAUCGUCGUUGCCGCGGUUGGACAGAGGGGGCUACUGGAGCAGAUAUAUCCUCGUGGCGAUGGAGGGGUGUUGCGGAGAAGGGUAAAUGCGAUGGAGGUUCGUUGAGAGGCGCGGGAGGGAGAGAAGCGGGAGGAGGGAGGUAGGUUAGUAGCGAAGGUACACGUUGUGCCAGCCGGCAGUAACGAGAGCCGUGCUUGCCACGGCCCACACGGCGACGUGUGCGUGUGCGUGUGCGUGGGUCAGCCUUGCCCCACAUUCAGACAGUAGUCGCGCGUCUUUCGGCGAGGUCGAGCCGGCGCGGCGUUUCCGUCGAGUGUAGCGUCGAGAGAGACGCCGGGGAUGCUAGUAGCGAGGAAGUGCCGGCGUCGAGCAGCGUCCUCCCGCCGGUUACUCGCGCGACGGCGCUCCGAGAACGCCGGCAAGGCUUCCGAGUGAACGAACGGCGACCUUCUUUCGCGGCUUACACACCGGCCGACAGCGUUUUUCUGUUUUCCUGCCUUACUAGUCGUCGUGUGCUACACCAUCGAGAGAGGGUCGGUGCGCGUGGCCCAAGUAAUCGUCCAGUGCGUGCGUGCUCGCGUGCCUGUCUGCCUCUCGCCUGCUAGCUUGGCUGCGUGCACGCGCGCGCGCGUGCUUCCAUCUAUUCGCGUGUAGUAGGAAAAACGGACCGAGGUAGAACGCGAGGUGAAACGAGAGAUGUAAGUCGUUGCUCGGUAGUCGGGGAACAGGCUCCCUUGCUCGGCCGGUUUUCGAUUGCCUCGCGAGAUCGUCUGGUGCGCGCGAGUGUGAUUCCGUACUCGAGACUCGUGAAAUUCGAUUUACAUGGAAUCGUGCUGCUUUAGGCGGCGUGAUCAACGAGGAAAAGUGUCUUAUAUCGGCGGAAGGUGCAGCACACGUUGGAGACUGAACGAGUUAAGAGCUCGGGGAGAAACUCGGUACCGAGGGAAGGAACAGGGAUGAAUAAUUUAAACGAACGAAUGGGAACAGUCUGACAUAUCGAUUAAAAGAAGGGAGAGAAGAAUAGAGAAGGUUUUAGAGAACGAAGAGUGGCUCGUCGAUGGAAUCACGAUAGCUAACGCGAGAUUAAAGAUACCACUUAUAUAUGUGUAUAUGGAAAUAUAUGAAUAUAUGAUAAUUAAUUAUUAAAAAGAAAAAUCUACUAAUAUAUUAAACGUAUAUGUCUCUGGAGAAAAAAAAGAGUUAUUAUUCGAAUCUAUUGUUUUAUCUACUCGUUCGAGGUUUACACGUUGUCCGAUAAGAAUAUCUAUGUUAAGCCUAAUGGUGCGCGCGGGAACACGCGCGUAAGUAUCAGCGAGAAACGCAUGAACGAGAUCGAAUUAAGGGAGAGAAGAACGACCAAAACGAAUGUUGUCAAUUAAUAUUGUAUAUUAUUCAGAUCACUUCCGGAGUUUACGAUUUCGCCUAGUUCAAUUACUAACUACCUUUACGCGCCGUUCCCUCUGUAGCCGUUCUUCGAAUUCUACCUCCAGCUUAAGAAUAAUUUAAGAGAAACUGAAAGAGUCGACAACGAAGGCGAAGAAGAAGAAGAAGAAGAAGAAAGAAAAAAAGAGAAAAUUGAAGAAACAAGAGGAAUAAAUGAAAAAAGAAGUAGAGAAAGAGUAAGAGGCAAGAAGGAGUGGAGAGAAGAAACAGAGAGAAGGGUAAAACGGCCUACAAAUGUAUUUAGAUUUAGUGCGCGUCACGGGUCCUCGACCGGACCCUUCCCAAUGGUUGUACCUGGUUUAAUCUGCAGUUAAGACUUCACCCGUUCAUAACGGAAGCUACGUUCGGUUUCCGUAUCAUUACGAAGAUAGCGGCAGCGGCAUGAAUGCACGAGACUGGUUACGAAGUGCCAUUUGCAGAGUGCCGCGCGAUCUCGUAUGGUUCGUCAAGAUCGCGCCCAAUAAUUAUCAAACUUUGUGUAUGCAGCUAUAGUGUAAUAGAAAAAACAAAGGGACGAGUUGAUUGGAGGACAGAAAACAGAGAGACAGAGUGACAAUAUAUAAUAUAUAUAUUACGCGUAACGUAGCAAGUGAACGAAUCAUAGUGUACAGUUUGAUCGACGUGUGUAAAGUGAACAGUAGGAGGCAAAAAGUACAAGUAAAGAAAGAAACGGAAAAGGACAAUCAACAUGGGAAUCGAUAACAGUGCAUCGAAUUACCGUAGUUCGAUCAUGUCGAAAGUCUGCGCUAGAUGCAUUGAAGUGUCGAUCAUGUUCCUUUUCGGGCCACAGGCAACGCUGUAAUUCUGUUUUCAUUCGAGUCGCACAGUAUGCAUGAUGAAUCGCCUCAGGGAUCAUCGACAGCCUAAAUAUCAUACUUGGAGGUUCGUCGAAACAUAGAAGACACGAGGUCGACUCGACGUAUUGCGUCAUAAAAACGCAAACUUAGAUGAAAAUGGAUUCGACGAAGCUGGGUGGGCCAGCCCCAACCAGCCCAAGGGCACACUCGCCAGCCCUACCGGCCUACAGCAGUACCACCACGGAUGGCAACAUCGAUUACAUAAUCGGAGACUAUAUGGAGAGACUCGGCACGAGGUUGAAUACAUUGGAGAAUGAGCUGAGGUACGCCUGGAGGGCGUUAGACCUGCUCAGUCAGGAAUACAUCAAGAUGUGGGAGAGGCUAGAGAAGUUAGAGGGCCUCUUAUACGAACAACAAACGGUGAUCAGUCAAUUGAUCGAAUUCUACGCGAGCGGUGGCACUCACGAGACUGCCAACGUGGUGGUGGAGGAGACAUUAGCCAAUCAACAGAGCACCGUUGGCGAGUUGGACGCGAUCGCGAAGAGCAUAGGCGCCACCAUGGGUAUAGAGGAGACGAACGCGAUAAGAGAGAAAUUAGCCCAGCAGGAGAUCGCGAGAAUGCACGGACUCACGCAGGACAGCUCAACCGCUGCCGCGGUAGUUACCGACAUGCAUAGAAACGUGAGGAACCUGGACACUCUGGAGACUCUCGCGGAAGAGAGUAACAUUCCAGACGAGGCGUUCUACAGAAGCUUGAACAACGCGUACAGGGAGGAUUUAAUUUGCGGCGACACGUCCAGACCAACGUCGCAACUGGGUAUGAUCUGGGAGGAGGCGGAGGAUGAGGAUGUGAAUGGAAAGAAAGAGGCGGAGUCGAACAUGUUCGACAAAGCUAUGACCAAAGAGAAGGAACUCGAGGAAUUGACUACGAAACCAACGAAGGAAGAAAUUCAGGAAUCAGUGACGAAAAAGGAAGACGAAGCGGACGAGGACGAGGGCGAAGUGUUUAGUGCAGCUGAUUACAAAAGUUAUCGUGGCAAUACGCCUUGUGUCAGCGAACAAGAUUUGGCCCAGCUCUCUAGACUCAGUUCCAUCGACCAAGUCGCUCUGGAAAAAUUACACGAACUGGACAGGUUGACCAAUAAAUUACAAAAGGACUCUCAGAACUUGAUAGAGUUACAGUCGAAGUUAAUGGACUCUCCGAAACGACAAUAUAGUUCCGAAGCUGAAGCUAAAUUGGCGGAAGAAGCGAGUAGUAUAGACGAGCAGCUAAGAAAGAUUUACGCCGAAACCGAUGUCGAUAGUUGGACCUUCUCGAAAAGUCCUGGAUCGACCGGUCGAUCGAUCUCCAGAGUGAGCACAGAUAGUGGUCUAGCCACUGACGGUGACUUCACAACCCGAUCAAUUUCGCCAAGACUUACGUCCACGUCCAGAACGAACUUAGAUUCCAUUUCGAGUACUUACACUCCACCCAGGCUAGGUAGCUACGCAACAGCUGUACGGGAAAAGAGUCCAGAGCCAGUGAUCCAAUUGCCUAUUGACGUCGGUAGCUUCGCCAAAGGCUACGCGGAGAACAAAGAACUGACCGAUCUUAUGGCCGAAAGCUUCGCGGCUGUCACCUGCGCCUCUCCCACCAUUUACAGCACCACUGCUGACAAAAUCCCAUCUCCUACUCACUCUGCGGGAAGCGUCCAUAGUGUCCAUAGCGUCCACAGUGUGCAGAGUCUUCGAACCAGGCAGGACGGUUACUUCGGUAGCACUGCUCGACUGAAUUUGGAAUUCCAGGAAAGUAGAACUCCUCCAAGUCCGUCACCCAGCUCGCCGCCUCCGCCAGCUCCUCGAGACUCAACCGAGCCUUUCCUGAUGCCAGGACCUGAUCAGAGAGAAGCUGAAACAAAACGACCUCAGAGUCCUACGUUUUUGAGGAGCACGGAGAAACUGGUUUCCCUGGAACAAGGUCGCCUAAGUCCACGAACUCCUCACUCGCCUAAGUCGCCACGAGUCUCGCCUAAGCACACAGCCAAGCCAAGCGUGGCCAACAUCGUUGCAGCCAAGUCUGAUUCCGGCCUAUCUUCAAUGAGUGGGUGGAGCAGCCUGGACAAGUCGCCGAGCUCGCCAAAAAGUUCAAUCACCAAGAUGCUCACUUCGUAUUCGGUAGAUCAUCCCAGAUCAACUUUAAUCCCAAGUACAACGACGGUCAGAUCUGCCAGUCCAAUUCCACCUCUUCCGGAAACCACAACCUCGGUCAUUACGCAGGAACCGCUGUACGAUACGCCGGAAGGAAGAGACGCUUUCACGAGUACUACCACCGCCACUUAUACCGUUACGAGCCACUCUUACACCGCAGCCAUGAAUCAUUUGUCAGGCUACACGUCGAUAAAGACACCGACCACCAAAGAGGAGUACAGUUUUGUACCUCCUCCAGCACCCAUCGCGACCACUUGUCAGAGUCCAAAGAAACGAGGUCGCCAGCAAACUUUACAGCAUACUUACGACACCGUACCGCCUGGAACCACGAUCGACUAUGUGUAUAGGUCUGAGCAACCUGCCAUUUAUUCCGUAGCUGGGAGCAAUCGACAACAGGCCAUCACGAGCGUCUAUACCAGCAGCGCUGGGGGCUAUGGUCCGAAAACUACGACCACUGCUUACUAUCCAGAUGCAAUGGACCAGUAUAACAGCUACCAGGAUAAUUAUAGUGCUGUUCAAUAUACGGAAUCGGCCGCUGUAGGAGGUCACCUGAAGAAACCUUCACGAGGCAGCGCGUACACUGACGGAAUGACAAACCACGAAGGGUACAAAGCCGCCAUGUAUCGCACAAUGUUCCCCACGGGGAAUAUCACGGACGCACUAUCUUAUUAUCCGACUAGCGCGAAUCUGCCGCGAACGGAAACGAACGAGACUUCGUGGCUAAAUUCGAUGGAAGACCAGAUACCUCACGAUUCGACGUCCUCCAGCAUCAGAUCGCUAACAUCGGACGGUAGCUAUGCCCAAAGCCCGUACACCGAUAGAAGAUAUCCUCAGCCACCGACGUAUCAGGCACAUCAGUAUCAUCACACGUAUGCGAAUCAGAACUAUCCACAAGCUUAUCAGCAACAGUACCAGCCAUACAGUCAAAGGUUGAGUAGUUCCGAAAGCGCACAACUUACGGAUGGAUAUCAGAGACAACGGCAAAGAGAACAUCAAUACAUUCAGGACCACGAAACAGGAAGAAUGCCUAUUGAUCAAACGCAACAUCAGCAAGAAUAUUACGAUGCUUCGAGCGUGAUAGUAUCUCAAUCAGGGUAUAUUAGUAUUGCGUCGAAUUUGAAGGACCACGAGAUAGAAAAUGCGAAAGCUGGCAAGAAGAUGAAACGCGGUUCGUCCUUAAAAAAUGCGAUGAGCUCCAUGAGCAAUUGGUUACCUGAUUUACACUUGAGCAAGCGACACAGGAGUCACUCGUUACCUGGUGGAGUAAGGAGGGAAGAUUUGGAUAUGUCGCAGGAACAACAGCAGAGGCUUCCGCAGGAAGCAGGUAUUGCAAGAGGUCGUGGAAGAGGCCAGGCAGCCAGGAAGAAGAAGAAACACACUUUAGUGUCCACCGUAUCCGGAAUUCUUCAGAAGGCCAAAAGACGAAAUCAUCAAUCUCAAUCUUUAUCGGAUCCUGAACAGUCCGAAACCGAAUGGAGUAGUGGUAGACAGAGUGGCCUGUCAGAAGACGAAGACAGCGUGAUGUCGGACGUAAAUCAAGAACCUCCAUUCUUUGCCAAGGUAAAGACAACUAGCACGAAACGUAAACAGGUGCCCCAACCAGUUCCUCAGCAACAGCAACCGACAACUCAGCCAUUACCUCUGCAACAGAAAGAAUAUAUACAACAACAACAACAGCAACAGCAAGCUCUCCAACAGCAAAUUCAACAGCAUCAGGAGCAGUUACAACAGCAAGCUCUUCAAGACGCUUGGGCCAAAGAGAAAGAUCAAAAGAAGGAUGUGGAUCACGAACUUCCUGAACAGAUCAGUGGCUUCGAAGAAGAAACAUCUGGGAAGAGCACAGGUUCUGGUUCUGGCGGUUCAUCGAUAUUUCAAACUGUCGGGGACAUCAAACGAUCCGCUGGUAGCUCCGACGAAGCUCCCAACGAAAAGGCUCCGAAACUUCCUCCUGUGACUCUGAUGGGUGGUGCAAGUAUGGAAUUUGCGGUGUCUAGAGCAUUAGGCAAGUAUCGUCAGAGACAAUCCUCCACAGUCUCCGAUGAACAGCCUCCCAGUGAAGAGGGCAGCACCGAGAAGAAGUCCGACGAAGGUACCGUCCAAACUCUGGAAACAAGCUUUGAAUACCCGGAAGAUAUGUCGGAAAAAAGCGAGAGGAGCGAGAAAUCUAGCAGCACCAGGCUUCCCGAAUUGGUAACCAGCAUAUCGGAGGAGGCUCCACCGUCGGAAGGAAGCCCAUCCGCGUCAAGCACGAAGGGUCAAACGCCAGGCAGUCGAUUCCUGCCGCGGCAUCAGCAGUCGCUCGAAAUUCCAUGGACCGGUUCAAGACCGGGUGAAUUGGACGAGGAUAACCGAAGCACGCAUUCCUAUCGAAGUACGUCGAGGGUCUCAUCCAGGCGGCAAAGUACGGAGGACUCGAUCGACUCCGAGGACGAGUGGUACCGGUACGAGUUGAGGAAGCUCGAGGAACUUGAGAGGCAAUCGCAGAUAGAGGUAGAGAUGGGCGAGGUGCUGGUAGAGGAACCGGAGGAGACUGAUCAGUACCAACCAGACGAAACGGUAAAGGAGAAGAUGUCUUUCGUCCUGAGAGAACUGAAGAUGAAGGCUGGCACUAUAUCGAAAGAGCAGGCGAAGGAGGAUAAAGAAGAGCUACGAACGAGUAAGAUUAACGGAACGAUGGCGAAGGAUCGUCGAAUGGAGGAACGAGACAGGUAUCGAGACGAGAAACCUAUUCCAAAGCGAAAAUCUGCGGAGAGUAUCGAAGCGGUGUUUGCGAGGGUGACCGAUUAUCAUACUUGGGCGCACGAAGAGGAGGUUAAGAAAGAGAAACUGUCCUCUGCUAUGGAAGAAGGUUCCUCUGGAGAAACUUCCGGUCCUGAUAGUCCCGUCCAAUCGAUGGACGAGGAGGAAGAAGAGGAAUUGCCGAAGGACGUCGACGAACAACCGUCGAGACGCAGUUCGAGCGGCUCGACUUUUCGACACGGCGAAAAAAUCCAUCCUGGCUCUGAACCAAUCUCUCGAGAAGGUAGCGUAAGUGUACCGCCUAGCGAGGUGUCUGUCAGCAUCCCGGGUGCUUGGGAUUCAGAGAGCACUGUCCUUGAAGGCCUCGAGCGCGAUGGAGCCGGUAGUGCAGAAACGGCUACCACGGCGACCUUGAGCCUGCCGAAAAUCAAAAUUGAUUCCUCGUCGUGCGGUAGCUCGGAUGCGACGUUAAAAGAGGGCCAGGUGAGUCCUGGUCCACCUGGAUCAAAAUGGAAGUUGCUGAAAGCGUUGAAGGAACGAAAGGCAGAGGAGAAACUGAAGGAAGUCGAGGAUUCCAAGGAGACCACCAUUUCUCAGGGACCCACAGCAAACGGCAGUGGACCUGGUGGCGAAUCCGGUGGAAGAGGCAACGGGCAUCCAGGAGACAAUCCAUUCUACAGCAAUAUCGACAGCAUGCCGGAUAUUCGACCGCGCCGAAAGUCGGUGCCAUUGGUCUCCGAGCUGACAAUGGCGGCGACCAAGAGGAACGCGGCGGGUCUGACGUCGGCGGUGCCCAGAGCCACGUUAAACGACGAGGAGCUGAAGAUGCACGUGUACAAGAAAACGCUGCAAGCGAUGAUCUACCCGAUCUCUUCGACGACGCCGCACAAAUUCGUCACCUGGACGGCCACAUCGCCGACCUAUUGCUACGAGUGCGAGGGUCUCCUCUGGGGUAUCGCACGACAGGGGGUGCGGUGUACCGAAUGCGGUGUCAAGUGCCACGAAAAGUGCAAGGACCUGCUAAACGCCGACUGCUUGCAAAGAGCGGCUGAGAAGAGUUCGAAGCAUGGCGCCGAGGAUAAGGCGAACAGCAUCAUCACAGCCAUGAAGGAGAGGAUGCAGCAGAGGGAACGAGAAAAGCCAGAGAUCUUCGAGCUGAUCCGCACGACGUUUUCAGUCGACCCGGACACGCACAUAGACAGCCUCGAGCAGGCCGAACAGAUCGUCCUUGAGGGUACCAGCAAGUGGUCCUGCAAGAUCGCCAUCACAGUGAUCUGCGCCCAAGGUCUGAUCGCAAAAGACAAGAGCGGUACAUCUGAUCCGUACGUGACUGUCCAAGUCGGUAAAGUGAAGAAACGAACCAGGACCAUGCCGAGGGAAUUGAAUCCAGUUUGGCACGAGAAGUUUUACUUCGAAUGCCACAACUCGUCUGACCGAAUAAAAGUGAGAGUAUGGGACGAGGACAACGACUUGAAAUCCAAGCUACGGCAAAAGUUGACAAGGGAGAGCGACGAUUUCCUUGGACAAACGAUCAUCGAGGUGCGUACGCUGAGCGGCGAGAUGGAUGUGUGGUAUAACCUAGAGAAGAGAACGGAUAAGAGCGCUGUAUCCGGCGCGAUCAGGCUGCACAUCAGCGUUGAGAUCAAAGGCGAGGAGAAGGUCGCCCCUUACCACGUGCAGUACACCUGCCUACACGAGAACCUCUUCCAUAGCUUAUGCGAAAAGAACGACGGCGUGGUGGCUCUACCUCAAGCGAAAGGAGACGAUGCCUGGAAGGUGUAUUUCGAUCCACCUGGAGAAGAGCUCGUCGAUGAAUUCGCGAUGAGAUACGGCAUCGAGAGCAUCUAUCAAGCAAUGACGCAUUUUCACUGCCUCUCCACGAAAUACCUGUGCCCGGGUGUACCAGCGGUAAUGUCCACCCUGCUGGCGAACAUAAACGCAUAUUACGCUCAUACGAGCGCGAGUUCCGCUGUUUCGGCCAGUGACAGAUUCGCCGCCAGCAAUUUCGGGAAAGAGAAAUUCGUGAAAUUACUGGAUCAACUGCACAACUCGCUGCGAAUCGAUCUGUCAAUGUACCGAAAUAACUUCCCGGCCUCGAGCCAGGAGAAGCUGAUGGACUUGAAGAGCACGGUCGACCUGUUGACGAGCAUCACGUUCUUCAGAAUGAAGGUUUUGGAGUUGUCCAGCCCUCCACGAGCGAGCACCGUGGUGAAAGAUUGCGUGAAAGCGUGUCUUCGUUCGACCUAUCAGUUUCUUUUUGAAAAUUGUUACGAUAUCUACAACAGAGAAUUCCAAGUGGAUCCAAGCGAGGCGAAGAGAGACGCCGAGGAUCAUGGACCUCGCCUGGAAUCGUUGGACUUCUGGCAUAAGCUGAUCGCGCUGAUCGUUUCGGUGAUCGACGAAGAUAAGAACAGUUAUGCCCCUGUCCUGAACCAAUUCCCUCAGGAAUUGAAUAUCGGUCAACUGUCGGCGGCCACCAUGUGGUCUCUGUUCGCGGUGGACAUGAAGUACGCGUUAGAAGAGCACGAACAACACAGACUGUGCAAGUCCUCGGCCUAUAUGAACCUUCACUUUAAGGUCAAGUGGUUGCACACCAAUUACGUGAAGGACGUACCGCCGUAUAAGGGCGCGGUGCCCGAAUAUCCUGCGUGGUUCGAACCGUUUGUUAUGCAGUGGCUAAACGAGAACGAUGACGUCUCACUGGAAUAUCUCCAUGGUGCCUUCAGCAGAGACAAGAAGGACGGAUUCCAAAAGAGCAGCGAACACGCGCUGUUCAGCGUCUCCGUCGUCGACGUCUUCACACAAUUAACCCAGUGCUUCGACGUGGUCUCCAAGCUGGAAUGUCCUGAUCCGGAGAUCUGGAAGAGAUACAUGAAGAGGUUCGCGAAAACCAUCGUGAAAGUGUUAGUCGCCUAUGCAGAUAUCGUGAAGAAGGAAUUCCCAAGUCACCUGAAGGAAGAAAGAAUCGCUUGCAUUCUCAUGAACAAUAUUCAGCAACUUCGAGUACAAUUAGAGAAGAUGUUCGAGUCGAUGGGUGGAGAAAAAUUGGAAGAGGACGCGGCGAACAUUCUGAAAGAACUUCAACAGCAACUGAACGGAGCACUCGACGAUCUAGCCAUGCUCUUUGCAAAGAGUUUGGAACCAAGGAUAACAGCUUCGGUGAAAGAGUUAGGCGAUUUAUUGCUAGCCAUUAAAGGAGGUGGACAGGUGCAACCUGCUCAAAGAAAUAACGUAGCUGUGGAAGCUGAUGAAGUGUUGCGUCCUUUGAUGGAUCUUCUCGAUGGAAGUUUGUCGUUGUAUGCUGAAUCUUGUGAAAAGACUGUGCUGAAGAGGCUGCUGAAAGAAUUGUGGAAGAUCGUCAUGAGGAUUUUAGAGAAGACGGUGGUGUUGCCACCUAUGUCGGAUAAGAGCAUGAUGUUCAAGAAUCUGACGGAUAAUGCGAAGAACUUAGCCGCGAAUGCGAAGAUAGAAGACAUGUCGAAACUGUUCAAGAACCACAUGGUUGGUAAACCGGAUGUGAAAAACGCACUGAGCGGUGUAAUGGAUAUUUCUAAAGAAGUAGAGAAGAAUCUUUCCCCGAAGCAGUGUGCGGUCCUCGAGGUCGCCCUCGAUACCAUCAAACAGUACUUCCACGCGGGUGGAAACGGUCUGAAGAAGACAUUCUUAGAGAAAUCGCCAGAAUUGCAGAGCUUACGAUACGCCUUGAGCUUGUAUACGCAAACAACAGACACCCUCAUCAAGACUUUUGUUACGUCUCAGGUGAACCAAGUGCCGCUGAACAAUGCGUCAAAGCUGCGUCAGCGUCAGCGUUCGAUGAGCAGCGAAAGAGGUGGUGACGAAGGGGAAGGAGCCGAGGGUAUGGAAAGCCUCGAGGAACCCCUUCGCCAGAGCAAGCCCUCUCUUCGUCGAGAGAGUCGACAAGUUCCAGAUACUGCCGGUACGGAGGAAGGCUCGGUCGGAGAAGUCAGUAUACAGGUGGAUCUUUUCACACAUCCUGGAACUGGCGAACAGAAGGUCACUGUCAAAGUUGUCGCUGCGAACGAUUUGAAGUGGCAGCUUGCUACGGGAAUGUUCAGACCGUACGUUGAAGUAAAUUUGAUCGGACCGCAUUUAACUGGAAAGAAGAGGAAGCAAUCGACAAAAUCAAAGAGCAAUAAUUGGUCGCCGCAAUUCAACGAGAGCUUUGACUUCAUGAUCGGCAAUGAGCAGCAGCAACUUGAUUUCUACGAGUUGCAUAUCUGCGUGAAGGACUACUGUUUCGCGAGAGAGGACAGGCUGGUCGGUGUGGCAGUAAUGCAGCUCAAGGACAUCGUCGAGGAAGGCUCGUGCGCCUGCUGGUUGUCGCUUGGUAAACGAAUCCAGAUGGACGAGACCGGCUGGACAAUCCUAAGGAUUCUUUCACAGAGGAACAACGACGAGAUCGCAAAAGAGUUCGUGAAACUGAAGAGUGAUAUCAGGCAGGAGACACCGUUACCGAACCCUACCUGAGGCUCAGGGUCACAGCAUUAAGCCACGACAGCGAAGCGAUGCGUCCUUCGAGUUUGGAAAGAGCUCGAAGGAGAGAAGGAGAGGGGCGUUGUCCAUAGGGGAAACCAUAGAAGCGUUCGGCCGUCGUUGUCGAGAAUGAAGUCUUUAAAAAGCAAACAAAACAAAAUAAUUCAGCAAAUAAGUAAAAGAAAAAAAAACGAGCAACACCGCGAGACACAUGCGAUAUCGAGAAUGCGUGAGACACAAAAUAAAAAUAAGAAACACACAUUGCAGCAAACACAUAAGCGAGAAAAAUCACCGAUAAGGACGAUCGGCCGAAUCCUUUUCGGUUCUAAUGCUAACGUCGGUCAAUGAGGGAACGAGAGACCUUGUCGUGCGACAUCAUUCUUCUCGCUUCCUUCGCAGUCAGCUUCCGGUCGAGCGUGUUCUUCUCUCUUUUUUACGAAUCACAGAGCUUUAGCCCCGUCCCCUAUAUAAACCGAAUGAGCCGAGAAUUAAAAAAAAAAAAAGAAGACAAAACCAAAAGAAAGAAAAAGAAAGAAGGUUUUCGAGUAAACAUGUUGAAAGUCAAGUCCCCGAAUCGAAACGUUCAUCCAGCUAGUAGAAGUCGGACAAAGAGAGUAGAAAAGAGGAAGGGUGAUUCCUCCUAUCUUUUCGGAAAAGCGAUAGAAAUGUAGAAAACAGGAUGAUGAUUGGUCAAGAAUAUGGGAAGAUAUACGGACAGAUUUUUCGUUCAAGUAAGUGCCAUAAAAAUGGAAAAUAUGAAACCUCAGGUAUCGAAGAGUGUUCUGAACAGACGCGACACGUAAAAACAGUGCUGCCAGUACGUAAUAUAUUUGGUAAAUAUUCGUAACGUAAGGAGAGGGAAGGAGUCGAAUUAGUCGUAGAUGAUACGUCCAGCGCGGUUAGACCUCGACGUGUACGGACUCCCAGAAGAAACGGAAGCAGCUUGACUGCAGCUAGAGGAAAAGGAAAACGAAGAAGAGCACGAAGAACGAUCGAAUCGGGGUCCGUGAUCGUUAGCACGUUGCAAAUAUAAAACGUGAAUCGGGAGUGUUUUUUUUUUUUCUUUUUUCAAAACUAAAAAAUACGAAUCGCGCUGUAAUGAGGAAAAUGUAAUACUACAUAUAAGAUAUAGACACUCGUGAGAGACGACGUUUUAGACCGUUUGUUCGGAAUGACGAGUUUACUUGUAGAUAUGUGAAACACAUUGUUGACGAAAAAAAGUUUUUCUAAAUAACAGUUUAACGUAGCAUUGCGUACGACCAAUAGGCGCGUCACGACGUUACUCGGGACGCGCCGUUAGUAAUAAAAUAGGCAUUGUAAUGUAAAGUACGUUCUUAUUGUAAGAAUUAACAAGAGAUCGUAAGAGUCUGAUUAUUGGUGGUGAACGUAUUACGAGGUCCGCUCGAAGACUUCGAUCAUUCCCCGUGAAUCAUCCUUUUGGGUCUCGCUUCGAAGACCUUUAAUACGACGUUUAAUACGAUGAAGAUGUUCACGUACACAAGAAGCCGAUAUUCCGUUCCAGUGAAGAAGAAAAGAAUAAAAAAAGAAAGAAUAACAAGAAGAGGAAGAAACAUACGAGUUAGGAUCCUUUCGUCCGCCUUCAAUUUUCAUUCUGCGUACAAUAUCGUGAAACAGAGAAUCCGGUUUUCGAUCUGUUCUAGCCAGAAACUACUAUUUCUACGAAUCGACAGCCUAACUUUUUCGAAAUUAAACUUUAUAUCGUGGUAGAUGUAUGGUAACUUAAAUAAUCAUGUAACUUCGACACUUUCCCCUUUCCACGAUCAUUGCUUUUUGUGUGAACGUGCAAAACCAAAUAUGUAAACGACGAGGUGGAACGCAAGCUUCGAAAAUAACGGACAUCGAUACUUCUUUGUCUAUUCGCUUAAAAAUAUCUCAUCGAUAUUACUCUUGUAUAUAGAUCAAACAUUGUCCACUCGUGGGAACAGUUGGUUAAGUUACGAAGAUCAGAGCCCGCGAUUCUCUAAUGCAAGACUUCCCCCACUAUAUAUGAAGAAUAAAAAGAAAAUGAAAAAUCGGGAAAAUCGAGGGCGGACGCGUUAAACGGUCCCUCAGUCUGCUACAAAACGGAAACGAUCCCCGCGGAAGACAUCCUAACGUUCUUCGUUUCGCAUCUAAUGUCGUUCGAAAACUCUGGAAACACUUGUUUAAGAACACAUGUCGCAGUUCUUGCACGAAGCUUCGAUCGGAUCUCCCGAGAAACCUACAUAUGGGAAUAAAAAGGCAAAGAAAAGUGGUCACUGUGAAACAAAAGAAAAAAAAAAGAAACAGAAGGAAGACGCAGAAGAUGGAAACUAUUAAUAACACAAAAAAAAAGAUGCACGCGACUUUAAAACUAAAUAAAUUUCAUUCUCUGACCUUCGCAGGUCAAACCAGUUAUACAAUUCCAGAGAUUACAUGAUUAUAUCCACAAGAAAAGUUUCUACUACGUAGUACGUCUAGAUAUACUUACGUAUUGUGUAUAGUAUAUAAAUGCUGAUGUAGCUGCGAGCGCGGGAUAUUCGUCUGAAGAGAAAGCCACCCGAGAAAAAAAAAAAAAAGGAAAAUUCGGCUAUCUUUACAAUUACAUAUUUACACCAGGCGCUUACCAUAUCCGGAUGAUGCGUCUACACGCGACACAGGUCAGGCGCAGAACCUUCGAAUAUAAUUCCGUUUAUUAACACGUUAUACAUAUACAUACAAGCGCAUAUCUUUCCAAAAUUACCUCUUACCACGUAACUUUACAUCAGAAAUACAAAUACGUUUCACGAUUGAAAGAGAAAAAAUAAUGGUUUAUCAUUCAUGAAUCGAUGCACCUCUGAAUCUCAUCACGAAAAAUCGUAGGACAAAAUAGAGUUUACGUGAUAAUUUUACCGUACAUAUUUCGUUUCAUAAAAGAACAGGUUUAGCACGUUACUCGUUGACGUGGUUAGAACGCGUAGAUUCAAAUGUGCCCGGAUCUGUGUAUCCGUGUCGAUCUAAACGACCCUCGACGAAAUGCUCCUCAUGCACAAAACGCGUUGCUGUUCGUCUCUUUUACAACGUUCGCGCUGUUUCAAUCCUGGUGUACCUUUAUUCAAAAACGAAUGUGAUGAGAAACGAUUUCGAGCUUGGAAACGAGCAUCGAAUGCGGAUGAAGAAACAGCAUGGCGUGAGUGAAAUAGAUGAAUAGAAAAUAGAAAAAACAACGUAUGAAGAAGAAAGAGAAAGACGUAAGGGGGGGAGAAAGUAGAAUUGAAAGAGAAAAACACGGAUCCGCGAUCUCGCCACCAUCUUCAUUUGUAAAAGUGUCUAUUUUCUCCGCUGCCUAAGUACUACAUACUAAUUAAUGAAAAAGGGCUGGCAAAUUCGGCAACCAGGCCAAGUCCGUCGACGAAAUGGGAACAACCUUUUGUGUGUUUCUUUCCGCUGGGAAAUUUCCGUGUCGGUCGACAAUUGCGCUUCGUGGACGGAAUUGACCGCCACUUUUUCCUCCUACUCUCCGCUUCGAUUAAUAUCUCGUAAGCUUAAUGAAAAAAAAAUAUCUCGUGUAUUCUGUGAUAAUUACCCCUUAAAAUACAUAUACAUACGUACACACUUGCACAUACUUACAUGUUCGUUUACAUUUACAGACAAAUAUAUUUACACUUACAAGCAUUACAUUUACACUUAUACCCGCACUUACACGUAUUACAUCAAGAAACAAACACGCGGGAUGCUCUGCAUUUCAAACAAGACACAAUACAGCAGUGCUUCUCUAAUUGGCCACAUAUUGGGAUUUCAACUGACCAGUUAUCGAAGGAAGUAUAUUUCAUAAAGAUUUUCUCUUCUUGAUUAAAUCCAAGUGAUGACUGAAGUAAGAUAUACUUGAUACAUUUGUUUGUUUUAAAUAUAUACAUAACAUCAGAGGCCACAAGGCCGGUUCCAAAAACUAAUGGGAAUAUUAACAGCUAGUUAACGAAACGAAAUUCUGGCCAGUUAUCGCUGUACUACUAUACAACACGCAUAAGACAUAUAUGUACCAUACGUACAUGUACUCUAUAUACACAAUACAACAUACAUACAUAUAUACAUAAUUACACAUACCAUGCACGUAAUACACCGAUCCCAAUAGUAACAGUAUUCUUCUCUUUUAAAAAACAUUUCGAUUCCUAUUCUCUAUACUCGUUAAACGUCCGAAGAGUCUCGUUGGUGUAUGAUAACGAAAGAUACCAUGGCAAUCGUCGCGAUAUUACAUAGAGAUUGUGACUAUCUGUCACCUGUCACAAUGUCUACGUGAACGAUCGGUAACAUAACGAGAACAAGAACACUAUGAUAUCGACACGAAAUAAAAUAGGGAACGCAAAAGUAUUCGUUGGAUAAUAAAUGAUAAAGGUAAGAGAACGAUUUCGACGAUCAACGAGGGAGCGGGAGACAACAAUUAGAUAUUUUACACGGUGCCGUUCGAUAGUGAUAUCUUCAUUGGAAUUCACGGGAACGGUAACACGUGAGCCAUGUUCGUUCUUAUGCCGUUCGCAAUCAUAGGAAAAAAACAAGCAAAUAUCGUUGUCACGACGUUUACUCUUUUUCUUUGUUCAGUAUAGUUUAACCUCAAAAAAGUACUGUGCAGAAGAUAAAUAAUGUUCGUAUCGCUGUUCGAGGAGAAGCAUUGACAUACGAAGGUUUACGCGACGCUGGCAAACUGAUCUGAAAUGAAUAAAAGUUUAACCCUGCUGGGACUCGCGCGCUGAAUUCAGUUUUCAAGUGCUUUAUCUUGGAUUCUACUCUCUUAAGAUAUCGAAUAUAAUUACGGUACUAAUACAUAAUUUGUAACAUUAAUAUCAUUCUAGUGUUAUAACAUUUACAUGCAUAUUGUUAUUAGAUUAUUAUAAUGUAAUGCGAUGCAUGCUGUGAGUGUUUAGAGAUGAGUGUUUAAUAAUAGAACUAGACUUUAGUCUAUGAAUUUCAUUACUUUGAAUAACUUUGAAUUCAAAAAAAAUAUAUAUAUAAAUAUGAAAGAAAAGAUGAAAAAAAGAUGAAAAGGAACAGUCCCUAAAGGGUUAAAAGAAACCAGUACUGAAGAAAAAAGUGGGAAACGGAAUGUAUUACUAUCCUUACAUAAUGAGAACGUAUACCCAUAGAUCACUUUAAUAUAUUACGAACGUUUAAACAUUUAUAUUUAUACAGUCGUGAAAAAGAUCCAAAACCCGUAAAUAUUUCUUCCUGUGAUUAAACGUCUCGUUGCACGGAUCGAUCCAUCAUUCUUUUCAUAGAACAUCUAAUCAAAAGAAAAAAGAUUGGGACGCGUAUAUUAUGGAACAAGGUCAAGUGUUCGUAGUUCUUGUUCGACGAGAGCGCGAGAUGUCACCGCGAACUUUUGCGUUCAGUAACUGACCAUGGAUGCAAAACCAAAAAAAAGAAAUCAUUCGAAAAAACUAGACUUCAGAUUGCUGUAUCGUGAGGACGUGUAGCAGAAGAAACCAUUUAACAAACGAAAGGGGAAAAGGAAAAAAAGAACAAAUAUAUACACAAUUGUUGACAAUACUAUGCUUGAAAAAUCGUACGGCGCGUAUAUAAUUGUACUUAACAAAUAUAUUUAAAAAAAAUGGCAGAAUGUUUGUGUUUCGUAAGUAAAGCAUAUUAAGGAAUAAAUUUGUAAUCAUGCGACAAGACGCAUUUGAAAAAAGAAAACAAUAAUGUGUACGGAACACGUAAUUCUGUGCGUACGUGCGGAUGACUGCGUGAUUAUUAGGUAUUAUAUCUCAACGAGUAAUGAGUACAUUUUCAUCAUCCCCGCAAAGAGUGUACCAUUGUUAUUAUCAAAAUUUUUAACGCAAAACCAAGCGAACGAUGAGGAAGAAGAGUUAUAAUUACGGCAUACCGUUGCGCAGCCUCUGAGUAUACAUAGGUGAACCUAAAAGCAAUUGUAUCAGAGUCAAACACGCACAUUCAACACAAGAAAAAGUAAUAAUACGUAUAAACCCAAAUCUUUAUUAAUAAACGUUUAUCUUUUGUUCAUUCACUCGCAUGAAGAGCUUAUUAUUCUUUGAACCAUUUGUAUAAUUGAAGUCUCUUUCAUCUAAGUAGCUCUGAACGUGUGUGCAUGAUUUUACAUUGCGAUUCUACUCUUGAAGAAUUUAUCUCUCUUGAUCGAUCGACGCACGCGACGCCAGCAUUGGCAGGUAUUUUUUCGAACUUGUUAUUUCAUCGAUUGAUUUUCGUCCACGUUUUUGUUCUAUUUAUUCAACAUUAUUAUUAAUUAUCUAAUAAUCCUAGCCGAGAUAAUUAUUAUCGCUAAUUCUAAUGAAAUUCAUCGUCGUUUCUUGCAGUACUUCUCCAAACAUACGUAUACAUACGUCAUCGAACAAUUUUGAAAUCACGCCGAUUUCAUCAUAUUUGUUCGACGUACAUACACACACGCAUACAUACAUUAUUGUCAUCCUUACUUCAUGUUCUUGUAAGAAAAAGAAGAUUAAGGAAAUGAUUAUGUUUUAUCAUUAAUAAUGUUUUUCAUCUCCAUUUUAGAGAAAUAGCACAAUACGUAAUGGCUUCUUUUUUCAAACUUCCAACAAUUAUCAAAGUUCUUAAAUUUUUCUAGUGCAAAUUACAAAAUAACGUGCAUCGUGAUUAGUUCGUAACAACAUAAGGGAUAAAAUUAUAUGUGCGAAAUUGGUUGUAAUCAUUUGUAUAUAAUGAUGAGUCAUUCUUAAACAAAUUUUACGAAAGAGGUAAUUUUGUUUGGCGACGUGUGCAAACGUUAACAAGAUUCGAUCGAUAAAUUAGGAAAUGUGUAUGACGUGAUAUAGUAUAAGCCAACGGAAGAAAGAAUUAUUAAGUGACAAUGCUAUUCAAGAAUUACGCGAACUAAAUGUCAAUACGAAAAAGAUUGUUACAGUGGUAUCUGUCGAUCAACUGAAGUAGUUAAAUGGAGUAUAAAAGUGCGAAUAAAAGGCAAACGAGGAAAGUUGACCAGAGUUUUAUCGUCGUUGAAUCAUUGUGCCACAUUCCAUAUCGUCGUAUUUUACGUGAAAGGUACAAUCGAAGUAACUUCAUUAUCACGAAUUAUUAGAUAAAAUUUAAGAUGUGACUCGAUGUUUUAUCACCAUAAUUACUGUACGAAAUUUACUGAAUACAGACCAUCGACAAUCUAGAGGACUCAUGUUUAAUUAAUAACAUCUAAUUUUGUCAAAUUUUAUUUCAAUCGAUGCUGCUUUUAUACGUCAGUGUUCAAUUGUACAGAAGUGUUCAAAUACAAUUGACGCAUGUCAGAGUAAAAUACAUAUAAAAUGCUUUGUUUGUGAAAUGACCUUAGUGAUCUCUCUUCUAGUAAAUACACAUUGUAAUAAUUUUCAUUAAAAAUUUCUACUUUCGAUACUAGCUAAUAUUAGGUAAGAACCAUAAUUUAUCAUUUCGUAAGUUUUAUUAGAGACCUCUGGAUUUUCGUCUGAUAGUUAGCGAAAUCAAUAAGAAAACAAUGCUCAUACAUCUAAUCGUUGUUGCUAUUGUUUUCAUCAUAUCUCUCUUUGCCACAAUCAUUAUCAUCGUUAUCACUGUAUAUUACGACAUGGAUCUUCAUAUUAUACGAAGCGUCCGUUUAUUGUCUCGGCUAUCUUUUUGUAAUUUAUAAUUUCUGCAUCAGCAAUAUGCUCAUAUGUAAAAUAUAACCGUAUAAACGCAAAAUAUAUUGCAUAUACAGUUGCACAUAUAUAUAUACAUAUAUAUCUAUAUAUACAUAUAAAUGGUUCAUAUGAAAUGCUUCAAGUUGUCAACAUCGAAAUUGCUAGGAAUAGCGCCAAAUUGAUUUCUGGCAUUUAAUGAUUUUAGAAAGAGAAAACGUAUCAUACAAGUAUACGUAUCAUAUACCUUAAAUAAUUUAGUAUCUAGAAAAAUUUUGCUGUUAUCCACACUAGUUCCAAAUGACUUGCAACAUUUUAUAUGCGUCAACCUAUGUAUAUAUGUAUAUGUAGUAUAACACUUGUACAUACAUAAUAUGUACACGGUCACGCUAUAAAUUCACAAUCUGAUGUUGCCUCGUGUUUCAGCAAAUUAGCAAAUAUCCGAUGACUUUGACAUAACUACGUGUCUUUAUGUAAUUUUCACAAAAUUCACUUACAAAACAUACAUACAUAUAAAUACAUCUUGUUGGGACGCGAAGCAUCAGCCAAAAUGAAGCAUUUUCUAAAUACACAGUUCGUUGAACUUAAAAAUUCUUAUGUUCUGGGUAUAUCAAUGGUCUUGUUAUUAUGUUCUGUCUGUUACAUGUAUACUUAUGCUUAUAUGUAUGCUAUGUAUACUUUCUCAUCACGUGUUAUUCUUUCAUAUUUUCUACUUUCAUUUGACAUAUGUAUAUUCUGUAUGGAGUUUUACAGUUCCCUGUUUAUUACAUGAAACGAAGGCUCAGUAUAGUAUCCGAACUGGAAAAUAUUCGGUUAGAAUGACAUUUGUUAGCGGUUUUUAAGAUCAUUGAAACCGAAAAUAAGGGUUAUUUUCCACAGAAAUAAACAUAUUUUUUAUUUUCAUACAGAAAACGGAAUGCGGUAAGCGGCAAAAUUGGCAUUUGGAGCAUUGGCAUUGAUGGCUGUGCCAUCAGUUGUUUUGUAAACCUACCUCUUAACGUCUUUAUAAAAUCAUCUUACGCGGAUUUAUGUUAAGAUCUUUGUCUGGCAAAUGUUCAUGAGUCCGAAUUUUCAAAAUCGUUAUUUCCGUGAAAAAUGACUCUCAUUUUCAGCUUUAGCGACGUAAAGUAUCCCCAAAAAGACGCUUUCAGAUUAAAAAUAUUGCAAUCCGGAUACUAUACUCUAUCCGAAAGGAAAUACUGUUAAAAGAAAGAAAUAGCACUUCAUAGAAUACCUGUUUUUCUUUUGUAAAUGUUAAUAAAGCUUAGUAUCUAAGACGCCGUUAUUUAUUGUACAUUGCGGAGGCGCAAUUUUUUUAGGCAAGAUUUUCCUUGUCAUGGUAUUUGUUCUGUAUGCAAAGUAAACAACCAUAAUAUACUUUAAUUAAUCUCUCAAGAGAGGAACCACUA